UCGUUGCUUCGGGCGGAGCCGGAGAGAGAGAACAGCGACUGAGAGGGAGAGGGAGAGAUGGCGUCAUACUGGGUAUCGCAGGAGAGGUACUUUUGCAAGUACUGCAAAGUGUGGCUUUCCAACCAUCAAGCGAGCAUUCGCAAUCAUGACCAAGGCAAGAAGCACGUCGAGAUCGUCGCCGAGUUCUUCCGUAAGAAGCGCGAGGACAAGCUCAAGGGGGCGCAGAGCGAGUCGGACCUGAAACGGCAGAUGGAGAGGAUCGAAAAGGCGGCGCAAUUAGCGCAUGAGAAAGACCUCGCCAUGUUCGGCGGCGCCGGGGCCGGAUCAGGAUUGGGCGCAGGAUCCGCGGGACCUCCACCCCCCCCUCCUCCACCGGGAGGCCCGCCGAAGCCGCCCCCGCCUCCGCCACCAGGAGCCCCGCCCCCGCCGCCCCGCCGGCCGAGUAGCGACGAAGCGACCGACCGCCCUCCGCCCCCGCCCCCCCCCGGGUCGCCUCCCGGCCGAACUAGUAGUCGGGACGGAGACACGCCGCCGCCGCCGCCGCCGCCGGCAAGGCCUGCAAGUGGAAACCCGUCAGUUCGGGCCGGUGAUGUAAAGAGCGAGGAGGGGGCAGCGGCUGGGCGGGAGGGGAGCGGCGGCGGCGGAGGAGGAGCUGCCUGGGACGGGGUGUUCGAGGAGGGAGGGCAGUGGUAUCUGGACGGACAGAUACAUCGAGACAAGCUUGCCGUCGACGCCGCCUGCCAGUACUUCCUGAAUUCAGAGGGCCUGUGGGUCGAUGCGGUAGUGCUAGCGUUGGCCGACUCGGAACAACCACCACAUGACGCUACCGCUGCUGGUGAUGCCUCGGCUGGAAUCAUGGCGACCACUCGGCGGUUAGACCUCGCCUACUUUGAGGCAGGUGCUGAGAAGGAGACGGUUUUGAGAGGGGUGGAGGCGGCGGCGGUGCGUCUUCCGGCCGGGGAGGGGGGGGCGUGGCCCGCCCCUCGGGAGAUGCCUCCUCCUCCACCACCGGACGAGAACACCGGGCUAGGGGGAUGGCAGACGGUAAGCGUACGCAUGGUGGACGUGGCUGCGGAGGCGGAGGCCAGGCGCGUAAAGAAGGAGGUCAAGAAGGCGAAGAGGCAAAAACGGGAGGAAAAAACAGAGCGAGAGAAGAUGUUGGUGGAAGCGAUGGACGCGGACGACGCCAUGGGGUCCUACGACCCGUGGGGCACCGGCAAGUACAAGGGUUUCGAGAUAGCGAACGAUGCUCCCCGCGGCCCCGAGGAGGAGGCGGCGGGCGCCGGGGGUGGGGGUGACGGUGGACCGGCGGUGGCGUUCAAGAAGAGGAAGGGCCCCGGCAACAAGGGCAAAUUCAGGAAGAAGGCCAGGGAUGAUGAUGAGUGAAACGUUGGCGGAGGAGGGGGUCUGCACCCCCCCCAGGAUGUGUGCAGCGUGUGUUCGCCGGUGCCCGGAGGGAUUGCCGCCCGGGUGUUUGCGGAGAUAUGAGCGACAUAGCAAUAUGAAAGAAAGCACCAAGUAGUGGGACGCGUUUUUGGUGUGCCUGACUGCGUGCGUGAAGGUGGCAUUAGUGUCAUGACGAUUGCUAUCUUCUCCUGGUGGGUCGUGACAGACCCGAGAUUUGGGGGCCGUUUUCUGCCCAGCCAGCUCGUUUUCACGUUUUUUGCCUGCGUAUCGAGCUGGUGUAUUAGAAAAGGUUAGAACCAAGCCCCCGUUAAACAACAAGGCUGUAAGACCCCUCGUCGUGUGCUAUCACGCGGGGCGAGAAAUCGGACAAUGUGCGGAUAUGCAGUUUCAUGGGAUAUGUCUCCCGCCGGGUCCCUUCCAGUGACUUGCAGAUACGUACUCCACAGAGGAAGCUAUUGAAUCAUUAUUACACGCGUGCUCAAAUUACACAUUGCGUGCAUUUAGUCAAUUCGUUGCCUUGGCACAAGCAACGAUACACGGGAUAACUGAAUAUUACGUUACUUCCGCAGGUGACAAACGUUCCCUGAGCUUGAGCGUGAAUGGUGCGUAAGAAUGAUACUGCGUUCAUUUGUCCAAACUGUGGUUGCCACGAUAAGGGUCGGAAGAAGGAGUGAAAAAAGCUCAAUCAGUGAAAUCAUUAUCACGAUCAAGGCCGGUGGAGUGAAACAGGCCAUGGUCCGCGUCCAGUCCGAAAUAGCAGGCAACCAAUAUGUAGUCACCUCACCCUACCUAGGUUUCUCAAGCGCACACACGUGAAACUCCAACAAGUGGCACACCGACGACCGUCUUUUGCUACUGCAGGAUACUACAAGGCCCAGACGGGUCAUUCACUCGUCAUUCACUGUACGCAAGAUGUGAUAUACUCGACCCGUCUUUUCGCACAUUGCACAUCUCUCGACACCAUGAAGGUGUCCUCGUCUACUGCUGUAGCUAGCUAUCGGCGUCGUGAGCUUCUUCGACGAUGAUAGCUUCGCCGGUGUUCAUCGCUGAGUGGAAUGAUGGUGAAAUCACCAAACCAUUAUCACACCAUGACCCACCCCGCAGUGCAUCGCUGAUUGAGCACAUGUAGCAGACGACAUCCGUGGGGAGUGCUCUUUCCGGACGAGACCGAGUCGUGCGUGUCGCUUUCUUGAUGAGACGAUGAGACAACUGAAAGUUGGGGAUGGCGCGUAGUACUUGCCCGUGUGGGAUCUAGUCUUGUUUGAAUGACGAUUUCAACAUCUGGACGGCAAACAUGUCUACACCAGGUUGAAAUCGGCACUAUGCGCAUUCUUGGGUCCUGGUUGUACCACUACGAACGGUUGGACGGCUG